AGUGUUUACAGGAUGUUAUCUGUGUCAGUCUCUGUGGAGUGGGUUCUGGUGGAAUGCUGGAACGGGAUGGAGGAGGAAUUUCAAAAGGAGGAGUGACGAGAGACAGGCACAGAGAGAGAGAGAGAGAGAGAGAGAGAGAGAGAGAGAGAGAGAGAGUAUAAAUAAAUCCCAAGGAAGCUGGUGCUCACAGGCGCAGCUGGACUUCUGGAUAACUGGACUGCAGCCCACUGGAGUAUUUAGCCAAAAAGGCACCAGCAAACUCUCUGGAUUUCUGAUUAGUUUUGGUUACUGUGACAAACUUAGAGAUGAAUAGUGUGGCAGACUGGCUCGUUGAAAACAGGGACAAGAUCGAGAAAGGCGUGGAGAUCAUGGGCCAAGCCUCCGAGGUGCUGGCCGCCACCGUGGGCCAGCUUCACCCCAUCCUGGAGGCCGUUUUCGUGGCUUCCGCCGAACUCCUCAGCAACCCGGACGGCAAGGAAGCUCGCUACCUGACUCAGCAGUUCGAAAAAGUCAACUCAAAACUGGAGGGGAUCCAAGACGAGAUCGACAAACUCGCCCUGGAGCUGCAGAAAACGUCCAUGAACAAGCAGAACUUUGACCGGGAGGCGCAGAUUAUAAGUCAGUACGAAAAGUUUCAGGACUUUGUCAACGCCAAGCCGAAGUUCAGGGAGAAGAAGAAGGAGAAGUUCCUGAGCCAUUACGAGAACACGGACGGCGACCUGAACUUGGACGCCCUCUACAACGCCGUCAAGGGCGAGAACACGUCAGGAGACCCCAUGCUGGACACGGUGCUCUCCACCGAGCAGCGGGGCAGGAGGGCGGUCGAGGAUUUCUGCGCUCGGCUGAAGAAGCUGUUCGUGGUGGGCAUCAUCGCCGUCAUGGGCCACGCUGCGCUCAAGGAGGGAAUCGUCGGUGAGGAGAUGGUGAAGAAGUGGCAAGACCGAAUGGAGGACGUGGAGAAACGCAUGAAAGCGGCCGUGGACGACUGCACCGAGAACUUCGCCACGCAGGCCAAGACAGACUUGGAGCACCAGCUCCAGGACAACCCCGGCACCGUCGACACCGAGUUCGCCAAAUCCCUCCUGGAGUCGCUGGUUAAAAAGUACGACUGGGUGAGCUGGUCCAUCCGGGCCUUCGGAGACCGAGAGCGCAUUUUCUUCUUCAACUGGCUGGCGGGAAAGAAGUACCACGGCAGCGGCGGAGCCAACUGGUUUGACAUUCUGACCAAGAGCAAGAUCAAGGUGGUGGUGUCGUUCUGCGUCGACCCGCAGCCCAUCAACAAGAGUCAGAUCCAGGAGCAGAUCGAGCAGCAGAAGCUGAAGGGCAACAUGAUGGCGGUGGCUUUGUCUUUGAACAAGACCUUCCCCAACUGCCUGGUCCACGCCGUGAGCCACUACAAGGCCGUGGUGGAGACCAACAACUUCAAGGAGGACUGCUACUACUACGGGAAACACAAACGGGCCUACCUGUGCAUCCAUCCAGAGUAGACGUCCAGGACGAGGACGCACUCAGAGGACAGACUUUAGGACAUCUAGUCUGUAUGGAUCUGUAUCUUAUGGUGUAUAAUCUGCUUUGGGGACUGCUUCGUGAUUCCUUGUCUCGCAGAACUUCCUACUUCUUCUCAAUGUUUUCUCUUACGCAAAUUAUGGUUUUUAUAGAAAAUUUCAGAGCCGGUUUUCUGCAUUCAUGUCGUUUGAGUCGACAUUAAGCAGAAAACUCGAUAUCUACCAGAGUUUCACCUUUUAUUCAGACUCACUCCACAAUGGACAUGCCUCCAACAGAUCCGUGGUUCAUUUAUGGCGUUAAUUCAUUUCUGUCAAGAGUUUGAAGCAACAUGUUGAACAUAACAGGUAAUUAAAGUCUGUCAAAAUGUUUUAAUUAUCAGCAGAACUGUGUUGAGAUUCUUUGAACAGAAGAAGGCAGCUUCUGUUUAGCGCUUACUGGGUUCAUUUGGUCUGUAACUCCAACGCUUUUAGAUGCAUCCCUGCUACUAAACGUCUGAAUUACUUCCUUAUUUUAAGCUUUGUAAAGGCCUGGUCAUUAACUAUUGGUCUGACCCAGAUGCUGGAGCAGGAAUGCACCCAAACGUUGAGACUUGAGGACUGGAGUUUCAGACACCUGGCUUAAAGGAAGGUACUGAAGCUAACGGCUAGUACAGGAAAAGCCAGAAAUCUGGUUCCAGGUUACAGAAAAGCUACUUUAGAAACAAUUUGGAUCAGGUUUGCUUCAGGAGGUCAGUGAUGUUGGUGUAAAAAUAAAAAAAUAUAGCAUUUCAAGACCCUUUUGCACUGAGAAUGUGAGUGCUAAAAAUGUUUCUUGCAAGUUUUUUAUUUUAUUUUAUUUUAUUUUUGUGAACGUUUUAUUUUUGAGUUGUUCUAAGAUUUAAAAUGUCCGCCCAGACUCAGACCUUGGACUUGCCCUUUAGCUUUAGCAUUAGCAUUAGCUUUAACGCAACAGAAAACCUGAAAUAACAAACCAACAACAUGACGCUCUGGCAGAAUUAUGAACUCAGAUCUAUCUGUUUAGGCAAAAUAAAUAAAAAAAAUGACAAUAAACAUAAAUAUCAUUUGCAGUUUAUCUUAUGUAGCAUCUUGCUACUUCCUGUUAAGCAUCAAAAAAUCAACUUUAAACCUGAAAAUGCAGACCAAACUGAAGCUGUAACAUCAGUUUGGGGUUUUUUCAGCAGCUUCAACGAGCCUCUGCCAUCUGAAAACCACAACUUAUUGUCUCUUUCAUGUAUUCAUAAGCUCUGAUGUUCUGGUCCGUCCAGUCUGAGUCUCAUUGUCAAUGUUUGUGUGAAAAUAAAAUCCACCUUCAUUAGAAAUAUUCAGAAUUUCCCUUUUACAGGAGAUCAGAUGUCUGGUUAAAAGCUCCAGAACAGGUGAGCCAUUAGUCUGAUAAUUAAGAUGAUUUAUUACAGCACAGAUAUGCAGAAUGUGAAGAAGUUAUCUUUUUUUAUGUUUGUUAAUGAUAUAUACAUAAAUGAUGCUUUUGGUGCAAUAUAUUAAAGCUGGACAAACCAAGUACAAUCAGAAUUAUAUGUAUAAUUCACUUUAAUUUGUAAUAAACAACAGAAUAAGGCAGUCUUUGUCAUCUGGUCAUCAUUAAUCUGAGAUUUAAUCCCAUUCUUGGGAUCUAAACCUCAUUAAAAACUUGAUUAUAUGUAAUUUGCUCCUUAAUUUUAGGCAUUAGCAGUAACGGGGCCAUUUUAUCAGCUAGGUUGAGGAGCAACACCCUUUUUUUCACCAGCCUCGCUGUCAGUGAGGCAGGGUGUGCCUCUUCCCUGUAACAUGAGAGCCACAUGACCAAUAGGAAGGCAAACAGGCUGGAGUUUAGAUUUCUUCCGCAAACUUUACGAGGUGAGUCCGAUUCUGGUCCAAAUCUUUCAUAGUGAAGAUAGAAAAAAGCUGCGACGGUUUGGUUGGAUUAUAAUCUGAUCGAUUCUUCCGAUCUGACUUCAUUCCAGUCUGUUGUUACAUAAUCGAGCCAUUUCCCCCAUUUCGGCGCAGUUCUUUCGCUUUAAGCGCAUAUUCCAUAAAAACGCAGCUCUAUAAGUUGAAUUUGGAUGAGUGAAGGAAAGAAUCUGCCGAAUGUUUCCAGUUUUAAUCUAAAUAUAAAAGUUUUCGGGGGUUUUUGGUGCCAGCUCAGUUUUUCCAGGAAGUGUCUGCUGGAACUUUUUCGCUCCUCGUUGCGCUGCGCAGAAACUCGCCGCAGAUCUGCCAACAUGCGCUGUUUGUUUGUUUCUCUGCGGGCCUUCUGCUGUAAAAUGAUCCAAUUAGAGGGCUUGUAGCGCGGACUGAUCGAUACGUUUUACAUUAAGAGGCUGCAUUAACAGGGGGUGGAGGGAUUUCCGCCGCAGUGGUCAGACUGGGCGGUGAACUGGGUAAACUGCUCUGACAGAAUGAAACCCGAACUGUGUGCUGCUCUCUAUGCUGCUCUCAUAAAUAUGUUUCUAAUCAGACGUUCCUGCUUUUAUCAAAAACUUUACACAUAUUUUCUGUUUAUGUCGAAGGAAAUGAGUUUUCUAUCUUUUUUCUUUACCCAGAUUUUCUCCAAAUGUUGUGAUGCUGCUCAAUAUUUCUUUAAGUUCUUUAAAGAUGUUUCUAUGAGUUUCGUUUUUUAUUUUUCUACAUUUUUAAAUAAAAAAGGCCAGAUAAAGGCCUGUCACAGUUUGCCAUGUCAGGGAUGUUUACAAGUUAAACCCAAAUCAAGUCUCAUGUCUUAAAACUGAAAUAAAUGUCAUCUAGUCUGGAAAUCA